AUGGAUAUAGAUGUCGCCGGGGUGCAUAGAAAGCUCCAAUUAAAUGAACUCGAGGAGAUUAGGCAUGAGGCGUACGAGAAUGCUCGGAUUUACAAGGAUAAGACCAAGGCGUAUCAUCACAAGAUGCUUCGUACAAAGACAUUCUCUAAGGGGCAGAAAGUGCUUCUCUUUGAUUCUCGCCUUUGGUUGUUCCCCGUCCAAGUCCAAAGCAUGAAAACCGGCCAUGAAUUUAAGGUGAAUGGGCAUCGUUUGAAGCCCUAUUACGACCUGUUUGAGGAGCAUAUCGUGGAGGAAAUACCCCUCCAUGCCGUGAGCCCUAAUGGAGCUUAA